GGUAGUUAAUAAGGAGUGGCCCAUGCAAAUGAAGUUUUAUCAGGAAGACUUUUCAAUUUAGCCACCAGAUGACGUAGCAAAUCGCGUAGCUCGUCGAGUGUUGUCUAGCCUGUACUGGGGACCUAGUGAAACGGGAGAUGGACUUUGGUUGGACCCAGCGGUACAUGAGAUCUCUGCGGAUACUGUGAUGAAGGCACAUUUGAGCCAUUGUGGUCACUCGAAUGGAAUGAUUGCGAAGUCUAUACGACAGAUAUCUAAAUUGGCUAGUCGAAUGGCGGAUCAUGAGCAAUUGUUCAAUCAGUUCUGCUGGGAUAUACUCAUAAAGAUCAAACUCAAUUUCAAGGAGAGCACAGCAUCUCCACAAAAUGAUCUCUCUGCUUUCUUUAUCUAUGUUGAUCAAAGUUGUCUCGGAAGCGCCUCUGUAUUUUUGGAUCGUGGAGUGCCAUUAAUGAAUGAUCUGGUCGCAGCUGGUUGUUCCACUGCUUGUGUGGUACUGUUGGCGAGACUCAUGGAAAAGCAUUAUCCUAAAGUUGCCUCCCUUGGAUCUGAUAAGGCGUUCAUGGAAUUGUUUGAGCGCAUUUUGCACGUUGAUCAGUGCUCCUAUGCUGUGCAAUGGUUUACAGUACUACGCGAAACACGUACACGACCUUGGAAUGUAUUUGCGCGCCUGGGUUGA